AUAAAAGUUUAAAAUUUAGUUUUAAUAUAGGGUAAAAUUUAAACCAGAAAUAAUUUAAUUUAAUAGUUGUCGGUAAUAAAAUAAAACAAUAAAAUGGAUAAAAGUGUAGAUGUUGAAAUUAUACUCACUGAAUACAAUAGUAAUACAACCAAGAAAUCAAUAGUUGCCAUAGUGGAAAACUAUUUGAAAAAUAAGAUUUUUCGUCCAAAUAGUGUAAUCAAUUUUGAACGAGAAAAUACAAACAUUCUUCAUGGUGUUGUUAAAACAAUUAUAAUAGGAGAGAUUGAAGGUUAUGAUAAGUCCUUUGUAGAUUUUAACAACUUAAAUAUCAAUUGGUUUGUUUAUAAACUAGACAGUGAAGGGCCUCUAUUACAAAAUGAAGAGGAUGGUGAAGAAGAAAUUACUAUAUCUACACAAUUAAUGCUUCCAUCUGAAUCUCUCUUUAAUUUAUGGGAAAAUUUGUAUUAUGAUCAUAGUAUUAAACAGAAUCUCUUAAAAUAUGCUCAAACCAUGAUGGAGUUCUCAGAUAAAGGAGUAGAUCAAAACAUAAUUAGCUGCAACAGAGUCAUUUUACUCCAUGGUCCUCCAGGUACUGGAAAAACUUCACUUUGUAAAGCACUAGCACAGAAACUUACAAUUCGAAUGGGAAAGAGAUUUGGAUCUGGAGUUUUGAUUGAAAUUAAUAGUCAUAGCUUAUUUUCGAAGUGGUUUUCAGAGAGCGGAAAGUUAGUCAAUAAGAUGUUUACCAAAAUAAAUGAUUUUAUAGAAAAUAAGGAUAAUCUCGUCUGUGUUUUAAUGGAUGAGGUCGAAUCUCUGGCUCACGCUAGAAAUCAGUGUGUAUCAGGUACUGAGCCGUCUGAUUCAAUCCGUGUGGUGAACGCUCUUCUUACACAAAUAGAUCGAAUAAAACAACAUUCAAACGUAUUAAUAUUCGCAACUUCCAACAUGACUGAAUCCAUAGACUUAGCUUUUAUCGACAGAGCGGAUAUAAAGCAACAUUUGGGGAAUCCCUCGAAAUAUGCUAUAUACAAAGUUUACUACUCCUGCAUUAACGAAUUGAUAAAGGCGCAAAUAGUUAAAGGCGAUACUCUAGAAUCAACAGAUUACCUCAUAAGUACCGAAGAUAAGCAAUAUUCUCCAGAACUGACGAAAUUGUUGGAUCUGUGCGAAAAAAGUGUGGGUUUGAGCGGAAGAUCUCUCAGAAAAAUACCGUUUAUGGCUCACGCUUUGUUUUUGGAAGGCGGUCAAAUACAACUAGGAGACUUUUUGAACGCGAUGGAGAGAGCUGUCCACAAAGAAAUUUUAGAAAGAACAUAUUUCGAAAAAAUAAAACACACAUAAGUGUUAGAUAUUAUAUUUAAUAAUGAUUUAUUUAUUAGGUUCAUUUGUAUAUAAAAACAUAUAAUAAAAUAUAACUUGUU